AUGGUGGUCACCAUCAAUCAAACCAUUAUAUCCAACUUUUCAAGCUUUGGCAGUAAUUUUAAUGGCACUAUCCCAAAUAAGAAUCAAGUAGCUUACAUUGGGGACUUGGCUACCAGAUGGGGCUUGGCUGUGGUUCUUUUCAUCACCAUGGUGUCUCUUGGAUGCACACUGGAGAUCUCACAGAUCAAGAAGCAUUUUAUCAGACCCAAAGGGGUGGCGAUUGGACUUGUGGCUCAGUUCGGAAUAAUGCCCCUCACAGCCUUCAUUCUGGCAAAGCUGUUCCAGUUAGGUCCUAUGGAAAGUGUCACUGUUUUAAUUUGUGGGUGCUGCCCGGGAGGAAACCUCUCAAACAUCUUUACUCUGGCUCUCCAGGGGGACAUGAACCUCAGUAUUUUGAUGACUGCAUGUUCCACAGCACUGGCAUUGGGUAUGAUGCCUCUCCUGAUCUAUCUGUACUGCCAUGGUUUCUCACACUUGGAAAAUAUUGUUCCUUACAGUGGCAUCACUUCAGCUCUGAUGAUGAUCUUGGUGCCUUGCAGUAUUGGCAUCCUUAUCAAACAUCAUGCGCCACAAUAUUCCAAGAUAAUCACCACAGGUGGGUUGACUAUCAUGCUCCUCUCUUGUGUUAUCAUGGGCAUUCUGGGUGCUGUCAAUGACAGAGGCUCAGUUUUCAUUGUGACUUCUCCUCAACAAAUGGCCAUAGCUGCAUUGAUGCCACUGACUGGAUACAUAUGUGGAUAUAUCCUGUCGACUCUGUUCAAGAUGAAUGGAUUUUGCAGACGGACUAUUGCUAUGGAAGUAGGUUGUCAGAACAACGUGCUGUGUACCACAAUCCUGAAGGUGGCCUUUCCUUCUGAGCUCAUUGGUCAGCUAUAUCUCUUCCCCAUUGUCUACAUGUUGCUGCAGUCAGCUGAGGCCAUUAUCUUCAUAAUCCUGUUCAGAUGCUUUCAGAGACUAAAAUCUUCACAAAAAGAAACAAAAAUGUACACAGCAGAAGGAGAGGCCGAAGAAAUUAAUGGUGAUAUUUAAAGGGAACCUAUAUGGUGUUUCAGAAGUUGAAAUGGGCUUGAGGAAUUUGGGGCCAUAGUACAGUAUGGAUGCUGGGGCAAAAGAAAAGGAUUAAUUAAUAUAUACUGAGGCACAGCCUUAGUAAGGGAAGUUGCAUGCUAUUUUCUUUCUACAACAGAAAUGACAGCAUCAUGCAAAACAGUCUCAGUCUAGAAUAUAUGUUCUUAACCAUGUGUGUGUGCUUGCAAACCUUGCAAGCUUUCAGCAUUGUGAUGUACUUUUAUAACAGUUUUGGAUUUUGC